AUGAAUAAAGUGAAGACGCCUCUGCUGCUGUGUACACUUCUCUCCGUCCUUCACAUAAACCAUGCUGUGGACCUCACUUACUACCUGGAAGAAGGCAACAGCCCAGGAACCGUAGUAGGAGAUAUUGCUGCCGACACACACCUACCUGAACAGGUUCCCCUCCAAGACCGCAAGCUUAUCAGGUACAGCCUUUUACAACAAAGCCUCGUCGAGGGCAUGCAGCUCUUUCGUGUAUCUAAGACGACAGGAAAGCUGUACACCGCCCAGAUUGUCGAUGCCGAGACGCUCUGCCGGCCAAAUUCAGAGUGUUCUCAAAUCCUAAAAGUUGCCGUCCGUCGUGACGAGGCGUUUAUGAAAAUCCUCAAGAUUAAGGUAGUCUUUCAGGACGUCAAUGACCACCAGCCCGAGUUCCCCGUCAAAGAGGUAAAAAUAAAGUUUUCUGAAGACGACAGCAAAGGCGUAAGAAGAUCAAUUCCCAAUGCUAUAGAUAAAGACGUUGGACCCCUCAACUCGCAAAUCACGUACGAACUUAAAAAGAAUCUCGAUGAUCCAUUCAUGCUGUCCGUUUCAAAAAGUUUGGACGGCACUUCCGACCUGAGUAUAAAUUUGGAAAAGAGGCUUGACAGAGAAGUGAGGGAUUCUUACAUGGUUCAAGUCAUUGCCAAAGAUGGCGGAUCACCUCUCCAGCAAAGUGUCUUAGAUGUUCAGAUUUCCGUCACCGACGUCAAUGACAACCCACCAGUUUUCUCACAGAAUGUCUAUAACGUUUCCAUAAAAAACGAGCAUGAUGUAGUCACGCCGGUGGCUAUUUUAUAUGCAAGAGAUUUAGAUUCGGAUAAAAACGGAAGAAUUACUUAUCAAUUUAGUUCCAAAACCUCAGAUGUGGCACAGUCGUAUUUCAAAGUUAACAAAGUGACUGGUGAGAUCUUCUUGCAGAAGAGAAUACCAAACCAACAGAAACUGAAGUAUAAACUGUACGUCAAAGCCACAGACGGGGGAAAUCCUCCUCUGAGUUCGAUUGCGAUGGUUCUGGUCAAUGUGAUCAACCAACAGAAUAAUGCACCAACAAUAGACGUCAAUUUUGUAUCCGGCUCGAAUAGAAAGAAAGCUACCAUUUCUGAGGACAUCAAAGUGGGCAGUUUCAUUGCGUAUGUUGUCAUUACUGACCACGAUGCUGGACCAAACGGUGACGUCAGCUGUGAUCUCUACCACGAAAAAUUCCAGCUGCAGAGCUUAGGGACCAAAGAAUACAAAGUGGUUGUUAAAAACUCAUUGGACAGAGAAACAGCUGAUCACCAUGAUCUGACGAUUCGUUGCCAGGACAAAGGUUCUCCACCUUUACAUAGUGACACGAGAUUUUCCAUCGAGAUAAUGGAUGUAAAUGACGUGCGACCUCAGUUAUUUAAAGACACCUACAAAUUUUGGGUUUACGAAAACGAAAAUCCUAAGACGCGUGUCGGUUCCAUUAAUGCGACAGACCCCGAUCUGGGGCCUGGGGGUAAAUUGACCUAUUCCCUUCUGACCAACAAACGAAAUUUUUUGCCGUUCCAGAUCUCAGACAAUGGAAUCAUAUCGACUGUCAUGUCUCUGGACCACGAAUUCCAAGACGUUUAUAAAUUCCAGGUUCUAGUUAACGACAAUGGUAUACCAGGUUUAAAUAGCACCGUGAACGUUAGCGUUGAAGUCCGUGAUGAAAACGACAACGCCCCCUAUUUUACGUUCCCAAGCGUUAACCCUUUCACAUUCGAUGUAGAGUAUUACCCGCACCAUUCAAACAAUAUCACCGUCCUGAAGGCCUUCGACGGGGACAGCCGCGAGAAUGCCUUCCUCAAGUAUGAAAUAGUCACAGGAAACGACAAACAGCUUUUCAACAUCAACCAUUACACAGGUUUAUUAUCGUUCACGCGUGAGAUCUCCGUCCAAGAUUCUGGUAUGUAUGAACUUGAAUUUUCUGUCAAAGAUAGCGGGACCCCGUCUUUAUCAGCGACGACCGCCAUGGUUCUGAUGUUAACCGUCAGCAACAAAACAACAGAAGUCCUCAACACCGUUCAUCCCCAACCUGCCGAUAAAAUCCACCUGUAUCUCAUGAUAGUAUUAGUUUUGGUGGCUGUUACACUAUCUGUGCCCCUAACUGCCGGAGUCUCUAUUUGUAUAAUUCGUUGUAAGCAGCGAAAGACCGCGGCACAAAGGGCGGCUCUAAGCGCUUCUUGCAAAUGCGUCAAUGAACACAGUCAUUAUGUGUGUCCUUCGAUGCAAGCAACAUACUGGUCGAGCACACCAGCAACUCCAACUACAGAUCAGGAUAUGACCAGAACCAGUUCGUCUUCAAGAGCCAGAAGAGGACUUUAUCCCGAGGAGAAUAUAGCUUAUCAACAAAAGGGUUCUGCAUUCGGAAUGAAAGGCCAAUCAGCAUCAGAGAUAAUCUAUCAGGUAAGUGUAAGUAUCGCUAUUUUUUUUUCCUUUCUUUUUCAUCUUUGCGGCUGGUGA